UGCAUUUUGUUGGUGUUUUUCAGUGCGUCCUUUCGCCAUGGUGACCCAAGUUGCGGCCGGUUUGCUGCUUGCCUUGACGCCGGCAUGGGCGGACCCUUCAUGUGUGGUGCAUGGCAUGGCGUAUUCUCAGGAGAAUAUGGCGAAGACUCCGAACGGCGCAUUUCUGGCCGGAGCGUCUUCAUGCCAGAAUUCAUGCAGGUUGACCGUGUAUUGCCACUACUUCACAUGGUAUAAUGAUUCCACGGCCUGUUGGCUCUUCGGGGACCAAGCCACGUUGGUGGCCAAAGCGAAUGCCACCAGCGGCCCCCGCAGCUGCACGGCCGAGACCGCGACGCCAACGGUGGCGCCGGCGGUGGCGCCGGUGGAGCCGGUGGUUCCGGCCACGGUGGCGCCGGUGGAGACGGUGGAGACGAACGCCACCAUGGCGAAACUGUUGGAAGAGAAGUUUAAAGAAGUGGUGAAGAAGGCCGGCCAUUUGGCCUCCGUCAUCAAGGCGCAGACCACGGAUCCCAACGUCACCCUGAACGCCGACAAGGUGAUCCGCGCGGCUCAGGUGGGAACGUUGCCGGAGCGCGAGGCGGUGUAUUCCGUGUUCAACGAAGCCUCAGCCACGUUGCCAUUGGAGGAGGCUGAGAAGGAGGGAAUUGUGGUGACUGCAGGAGAUCUAGAUGUCAUCAACAAGGUCCAGCACUUCAGCAGCUUGGAACCUGCCGAGGAAGGCGUUUCCUACGGCGUCGGCGCGCCGUGGACGGACGCGGUGGUGCCAUACUGCUUCCGACCGGGUAUCAGUUACUCAUCCAUGCAGAAUGUGCAGCGGGCCGUUGCCAUCAUUCAGCAACUGGUGCCGGGCAUCAAGUUCAAGCUGCUGGGAACCAAGGGUCAGGCCUGCGAGGAAUCUCCAUCGAUCCUUGCGACUGAUGCUGAGCAGGGAUGCUUCUCCGACAUUGGGAUGAAAAGCCAAUUGCUUGGUGGGAGCCAGACGCUGAACGUUCCGUCGGUUUGUACCUUGGGAGUGGUGCUUCACGAACUGUUGCAUGCCCUGGGGAUGGCACAUGAACAAGCACGGCCGGAUCGGGACAACUACAUCAGGGUUAUGUGGCAGAACAUCAGACCUGGCAUGGAAGGACAAUUUCAAACGAACGGCGCCGCAGAUACAGCGCGACCUUAUGACCUUACAUCUAUCAUGCACUAUGGUCAGACAGCCUUCACCAAGAAUGGACAGCCCACCUUCCUUUUGACUUCACAGGGCCAAGCUGCUUUGAGAUCGAGUGGUGCUUCAUCCGUGGGACAGCGGGAGACGCUGAGCCAACUGGACUUUGAACAGCUGGUCCACCUCUACAACUGUCAACGGGAUGCCAUGGGCCGAUAUUCUGAGUGCAGCCCAGUUCCAUCGGGACCUGAUCUGCUGGUCAUUCUUCUUGGUGUGUUUGGUGGCCUGGCAGCCUGCGGUUGCGGCCUGGCGGUGGCCUAUUGGUACUGCGGCAGACAGAUGAUGGGCAAGAAGAGGGUGGCAGGCGAAGUUCGACCUUUGAUCACCACCCAUCGAGGUGGUCCCCAAAGGAGAAACUCCAGCCAGUCACGUUUGAUACUCGACACCUGGCUCGACACCUGGUGGCUGUUUCAGCCGGUCGUGUUCCGCUGAGCUUCCCGCAUGCUCUAGCGGCGCGGUCGGAUUUCAAACGACAACGCCAGGGUGGGAGCGUUGCCCGUCAUGUUUGCGCCACAUACUGCCUGUGCUGGAAGCUCGUGCACUGAUUUCGCAGCGUUUCUGCUGCUGCGGCCCCAUUCAGAGAAUUAGAAUCUGAGUUAAGG